AUGUCGGAAACGGCUCUCCAGACAGUACGCGGAUCCGGCAAGCGCCAGAGGGGCGGAGCCUUGUCUUCCGGAGAACCGGCCGUCCUCCUCGUUCCGUGGUCGCGUGUUAACCUCCGAAGAUCGGGUAUCAGUCAGCAGGCCGACUUUCCCACCUGCGUAUACUUUCCUGAACACAUGCUUUUUUAAAAGUGCGUUAUAUAUUUCGAAUAUUCAAAAAAAAAACCGUUGAAAAUGAAGAGUAAUAUGUAAGAAAUAGUUUUUGAAAACCAAAUUUCAAACAUUUCAUCAGAGGAGACUGUAAUAUAGCAUGAAAGCUGAAAAUCAAUGAGAAUGCCACUGUACAGUAUUCAAAAAAAUUCACAUAAAAUUCUUUUUAUUUAAAUUUUUUUUUUUGAAAAGCGAUUGUAAUCUGCGUGAAAAAAAAACCAAAACAAAUAUAAAAAAAACUAAGAUUCAAAAAAUUAUAUUUAAAUAUGAUUCCUCUUUUUCAAAGUUUCAAUUAAUUUUCCAGAAGUAAAGAAUGAAUGAAAAUUAAGAGCCAAACUCGGAUUAAAACUUUUGAGAAGAGUGAGAGAGGUUCAUUUCAACUGUUGUUUCUCGGGGAAAAACAAAAAAAGGUCAUUUUUUUCUAUUAAAAAAAUAGAUUAGACUUUUUGCCGGUAGCCACAUUCUCGGUAUCGCAUUCACGGGCCGUAAGCCUUCAUGCACACGGCCCCAGAAGAUCAACACCAGGAAAGAAACACGACGGCUUCCGACUGCAUGGAGACGACUCAGCCGAGCAGCAAACAGCCAUGAUACGGAGCAGCUGCUUCGUUCCGAUUCCAAAAACAUGACACAAAAAGCAAGACAUUUCCUUCCAUCUUUAUAACUAUUACUGCGAGUCGGAGCCAAGGCUGCCGUUUUUCUGCCAACAAUCGCCGUUUCUCCAAAACUCCAAUGGCUUGACCAGGUCACAUUUUUCAGAAAAAUGACCAAACUUUCGGCCUGAAAGUUGAAAACUUUCGUUUCACUAAUAGUUUAUUCAUCUAGGCCUCUUAAAACUAGGGCUGUGAUCAUUUGACAGCAUUGUUUUCAAUGGAACUCGUUCUUAAGAAGUAAUGACGCUUUUCUUUCUUAAACAGGUUCCUUCGUGAAAUUAAUUCACCAUUGAUAAAAUAAGUUUGCAAACUAAUGUGCUGAAUCGUUUCAAUUACAACCUUUUAGAUAAACUUUCACCAUUUCUCUACAUACGAUCCAUUCACCCAUGUUAUCACUGAAAAUAAAAGUAUGAAGAAUAAAAAUGAGCACCAAACGUGACUGACGCUGUUUUAAACUAGUGAUCACCUUUAUAAUGCUAGCAAGAAUUUUAGAUGUCAAAAAAAAGAGAAGAAAAUAAUGAAGAAUCAAGCGACUUCUUCCUUGAACUUCAAACUUUUUUCUCAGUUCAAAAUGAUCGGAAUUAUGGAAACCGUAAUUCGAUGUAUAUUUAAAAGUUUCGAGAGCUUUCCGUGACAUCAAACUACGCAGAAACUGAUGAGACACGCGUGCGAUCUAGCCGAAUUGCGACAAGACUCUCAAAAAAAGUUUGGGUUGUCCUAAAGCGGCUCUCCAGUAGGAGCUUGACGCUAGGCGUGCAGCAUCGAGAGAAAAGCGGCCCUCUCGAAAACCACCAAUGUUCCCAUUCAUUUUUUCUUAUUCUUCUCUCCCCCACUGUUUUUGCCCGAACACGCCGAUUGUCCCUGUGAGUGGCUCCGUGUCUGAUCUUGAGAUUAUAAAAACUACAAAGCAAACAUACGAAUAAAAGGCAUGCCUUGCAGCAGAAUUAUGACUAUCUAACGCAGAAGAACCAGAAAAAUUGCAAAAAAAUGCUCACUUCCUCUGAAAAUCCGGGUUUUCUCGAAAACUUUGCAGCUUCUUUCAAACAUAAUCUUCAAGUUUCUUUUUUUUUCUUAUUCGAUGAUCAUACUUUUCACGAAACCAAUCUUCUCCUUUGUAGCCACAUGUAAUAACUUCAGUUUUAUUUAUGAAGUUUGAAAGUCGCAAAAUUGAUUGCAGAGCUGAUUUUGUGUUAAAACAAUAUUUUAAAAAUCAUAUUCAACGUAAACGUUCUGCUCGACAUGAAAAGUUCCAAUUCUGAAAAAGAUGAUUCACGCUGACUGACAUCAAAGAUGAAAAAGUCCUGCUCCCUAAAAUGUUUUUUGGUCAGGAUUCUCCGUGCGCAACACAGAAACGUAUGGGAAGCAAAGUGCGCUGUGUUUACAUUAAAUUUGCACUUGCAGGAGAGCGGCACGGAUUCCAGAGCCGGCAGCCGACGAUGGAUAA